AACUCAAUAAAGAAAAAGGAAAAAGAAAAACAAAUUCGGAUGCCCCAAUUUGUCAGGUGGUUUCAGUAAUUGCUUAUUGCUUUCAAAUCGCAGCGAAGAAGAAGAGGAGGAAUUUCCAAUCGUCUUCACUCCUGUCGGUAAUACUCUAAUGGCUGCGAUCUUAGCUCGCAAGUCUAUCUCCGCGCUUCGCGCUCGUCGGCUUCUUGUAUCUGGACAACUAUUUCCGGGCUCACACCAGCAUGCACUACAAUCUAGUGCACACUCAUUUUCUACCAAGAAAGAGGAUGAAGAAAGAGAGCAGCUAGCAAAGGAGAUCUCCAAGGACUGGAGUUCUGUUUUUGAGCGAAGCAUAAACACACUAUUUCUUACUGAAAUGGUUCGUGGUUUGAACUUAACGUUGAAGUAUUUCUUCGAAAGGAAAGUUACUGUAAGUUUUCAUUGCUGGUUUCCUGCUACUGUGGCAUGGUAUUGGUGCAUCGUGAUACAAACAAUACCUUCUAUUGUGCAGAUCAAUUACCCAUUUGAGAAGGGUCCUUUAAGCCCCCGGUUUCGUGGUGAGCAUGCGCUCCGACGAUAUCCAACUGGAGAGGAACGUUGCAUUGCCUGCAAACUCUGUGAAGCUAUCUGUCCUGCACAAGCAAUCACAAUAGAGGCCGAGGAACGUGAAGAUGGGAGCCGGAGGACAACUAGGUAUGAUAUUGACAUGACAAAAUGCAUCUACUGUGGCUUCUGCCAAGAGGCAUGUCCUGUUGAUGCAAUUGUUGAGGGACCCAACUUUGAAUUUGCUACAGAGACUCAUGAGGAACUUUUGUAUGACAAAGAGAAGCUACUUGAGAAUGGUGACCGAUGGGAAACUGAGAUUGCAGAGAACCUGAGAUCAGAGAGCCUUUAUCGUUGAUCUUUCUUACCAGUGCAUACUAAAAUUUUCAUUUGCAAAAUAAAAGAUCUGUAUAUGGGUCUUGAAGAUUUGUAUUAAAAUUUUUUUGUUGUGUAAUGUUUCUUGUUGAAUUUGUUGUUCCUGCUACAUGUUAAAACUGAAAGUGAUGGAUGAAACUUCAAAUGCAAGGAUCAUUAUAUCUGUUUGUAGAAUUUCUGACUUAAUGAUAAUGAGCAUUUAGUGGCCAGCCUAUUCGGCCUGAUUGAUGCUUUUGGGCUUUAGAAA